UCUCCAGAAGUGUGUGACAGCUGCGGGCAUUUAAUCACAGACAUGGUGCUGCAGGCUCGUGGGAAGUCCUACCACCCGUCCUGUUUCUGCUGUGUGGUCUGCAGACGAAGCCUGGAGGGUCAGCCCUUCACUGUGGACGCACACAACAGGGUUUACUGUGUCAGCGACUACCACAAGGUUCAGGCUCCUCUGUGUGCUGCAUGCAGAGCACCGAUACUGCCGACUGAGGGAUCCACAGAGUCUAUUCGAGUGGUUUCAUUUGACAGAAAUUACCACGUAGAGUGCUACAGUGGAGAGGUUAACCUCAUUUGAAGACUAUUGCAGGUUGACAGUCCACAGUAUUUUAUCUGUUGUUUUAGG